AUGAGGCUGGGAUUAGAACCGCUGUUACUUCUUCCCUUGGUGUUUGCUGCGGGCAAGCCAAAGUGCCUGCCUUCUGGCGAUGAGCGGCCUAUCAAUGCCGCCUUGAGCCGAGGUGGGGCCGGUGCGAGUGUUUCCCUCUGUCCCGGAUCCGUACAUACCUUGUACGAGCCGAUUCGCUUCACGGCGGCGCGGCAGACGCUCACCACGGCCGGGAAAGUGUUGGGAGAUGACCGAGCGAUGCUCAUCGUGGGAGGCGAGCAGCAGGCCGUCGCGAUCUACGGCGACUGCCCCGGCUGUGACGGGCUGACCGUCUCCGACCUCAUCGUGGAUGGAAACCGGCCCCAACUCCUGCGCGUACCAAUGGGCGAGGCGCUCAUCGCGAUGGGCAACGCAGAUGGGCACCACGUGACGGGUUGCCGCCUUUUUGAGCCGCGUGGCUGGAGUGCACUACAUAUCCGGGAGGGCGAUCGGAAGCAAUGCCAGCGCGCGCGGAUCGACAACAACGUCAUUGGACCGUGCGGGGAAGAAUGGGAUGAGGAGUACGACGGCUUCGUCGAGAAGGAGCCAGCGUGGGGUAACCCGCGCUCUGAUGGCAUCAGCCUCGCGUGCAAGCACUCUGUGGUGGAAAAUAAUGUCGUGUUCGAUACAACGGACGGGGCGAUUGUCGUCUUUGGUUCAGCAGGGAGCGAGAUCCGCUCCAACAAGAUCUCUUCUCGAACCCGAGUGGUGCUAGGAGGGAUCAACCUCGUCGACUAUGACCCAUGGGAGGGAGAUUAUACCGGCACGAAGGUACACGAUAACGAGAUCUUGGCGCCGAGCGGGUUCGUCAAGGUCGGUAUCGUGAUCGGACCGAGCUCGUGGUCCGACGACACAGAGACGAGCGUAUUCGGCGGCACGGUGACGGAUAAUACGUUUUCAGGCCAGCGCUUCGGAUACGCCAUGGUGAUCAGCAGCGCGCACGAUUUCACGGUGCUGCGUAACAAAGUGCUGCCCGGGUCUGAGUUUAUUGGCGUACCGGGAACAACAUGUCCCACGGCGCCGGAGAAUGGCGCGCCCCAGGCUUUCCUCAUCAAUAAGGGAAGUGCCGAAGGAAAAUUCCAGCGCGAAUUCGUCAACGGCGAAGUGCAGCACAUCAUCUGCAUCAAUCCCCCGCCAUAUCGCGACCGGGCGUACAAGCCAUGGCGGCUAAGCGAUGCGCCAGAGGCGAUCACAGCUCGGGCGGCCGCCGCAAUCGAUGCUAGUCCUUCAUCGAAGCUCGGGGCACGCGUCGCCGACUCCGUCGUCGCAUACCAGCACAUUCUCCUCGCGGCCCUCGACAGCAUCUCGAACGCCAUGGCCGUCCCCAUACAGAGCGACUCGACAGACGAGCGCCUAGCCGCCCUAGAACAGGGGGACGUGGAGCUGCGAAGGGGACUGGCCAAGCUAAAGCGUAGCAUCGUCAAGCUGACAGAUAACGUCGCAGACGCGGCAGACGGAAGGGCGCCGCUCCUCAAGAGCGUGUAUAACGCUGUGCGGCAACCAGAGGUCAAGCCUGUCAGUAGGACUCACGUAGCGCGCGGAACACAAGCGGCGAGUCAGAGUCACGCGGUGAUGUCGGUCGGCGUCGUGCUUUCUAUCGGUGCCGUACUAGCCCUCGCUCUGGCUGUGCUGCGGCGGUGGCGCCGUACCGCUAAGGGGUUAAAGUCGCGUUAG